GCAUAAAGUUCGUGAGUUAAUAGACUUUAUUCAGGAUGAUGACAAACUGCGUGAAGAGAGGAAAAAAGCCAAGAAAAAUAAAGAUAAAUAUGUGGGCAUGUCAAGUGAUGCCAUGGGCAUGAGGUUUGGAAGUAGUGGCUGGGAUGAUACACCUCGAUGGAAAAAAGAAGACCUUGACUGGGAUUCAGGUGGAAAUGCAAGAUCACGACACCGGAGCUUUGAAGACUCUAAUAACAGUGAUGAUGGUGAAAGGGAGGAUUCGGAUGGUGAAGGUAGACGGACAGGCCGUGAAUACCGUGAUAAGGACAGUGACAGUCUAGAUUCUGGUGACCGUCGGUCCAACAGGCCAGCAAGUUCUCCAACAGCUGGGACACCUGUUCGUUCCAAUAAGCCUAUUAAGAGGAUAGACCUGGGUGCAGCAGCACACUAUGGCAAGGAUUCAAACUCAGGGACUGCCAGCCCCAUGAAAAACAAUUCUACUGUUUCACAUCAAAACAACAACAAUAUAAACAAAAAUAGUGGUGAAUUACUGACUGACAUAUUAGGUGGGACUGUCAUCAGUAAUAAUGGUUCACUUAUCACUGGUGAUGAUGAUUUUAAUCCACGUAGUGGAGAGGAGUUAAGCACAAACAACACAGAAUUUGGAGAUUUUUCCAAAGCAUUUGGUGCACCUGCACCAACUAACAAUCCACGGGAUAAUCAGGAUGAUUUUGCAGAUUUUGCUAGUGCAUUUACUGGUACUCCUAGCAGUCAGCCUCAGCCUGUGUUGCAGCAAAGUGCUCAGAUACAACUAUCACUCUCAAAUAAAUCUGCAGUGUCUCCCAUAACAAACAACGCUGCGGUGAUUAUGGGUGCUCAACAAUCCAAUGCUGAUCUCCUAACAGAUUUGGGUGGCUUCAGCUCCCCUGCCUUUGGCAGUAGUUUAGGAGCUUCUACAGUGAAUAGUGUACCUUCUGUCAAUCCUUUGGACACUGGACUAACAGUUUCUGCUAUGCCUGCAUGUGUUGAGCAUCAAGUAUCUGCAGAACAAGAAGUGGAACAGAUAGAUUACGUCAAAAAUCAAGCAGUGGCAUCUAUGAAGCAACGACACAGGACAGAAACAUUGUCAUUCAUGGAAGUGGUUGAACGUGUACUACUUGGUCUGAAUUCAUUGCCAAUCAGAAAUGAAAAAGAAUUGAUGACAUUGAAAAAUAACUUUGAAGAACUGCUGAAACAUUUCCCUGGACAGUACACACCUCAGAAAUUUUGUGACAUUGAUGCAGAAACACAGUCCUUUUACAUAUUCAGAAAUGUGUGGUAUAAAUCACUGUUGCAGAAACUUUUAGAUUUAGUACUAUCAGAUUGUUGUGCUGCCAAGGACAUUAGUGAUACAUGUUCAAAAAUAUUUUGCAUUGAUGGUGCACCGCUGUCAAUGUUCCAUAGUGCACUUUCAGUACUUGUCAGUAAAUUACAGGAUGUGAAGGGACCCAGUAGGAAAUGUGAAUACAUAGUUUUUUUGUUGGAGAAAUUGCUUAAAUGUACAUCUCUGAGAAGUGCAAUACUGGAUUAUUGUAAAGUGGAUACAACUUCUGUAGGUAUAAAAAAUGGAAGAGAUCCUCUUUUGGAUAAAGAAGAUAUAUUUAUGUGGGAUGAAACACUUCAGUUGUUGAUAUCAUUACCAAGUAGAGUUGCUAAUAAGCUACAGGACAACACAUUGGAAUGCUUUUAUCCAGAUAAUUAUUGCAUGAUUUUGGUAGUACAUGUAGCUCAUACACUGCAUUUUCUAGUGGAUGCUGUUGCAAAUAGAUGCCUUUCCUUCAGGAUAGAAGGAUUAUCAGAUUUACUGUCCAAAAUUUUUGUACAUUUCAAUAAUCAAAGAAAGUCACCCGCACUGCUUUCUUUACUUACUAUUUUAGAAAGCUGGUGUGAGGAUACUAUUUUCUCUUUGGUUUCAGGACAACUAAUGAGUCAUUUAAGUAGACAGGCAUGUGAGUUGUGGGGAGUAAUGUUACUUACACAGUGCCAGUCACCAGCAACAGUACACAGAAUUCUGACUCGUGUGGUUUGCAUUUCUGCCGAUUGGAGAUACGUUUUGGCAUGUAAAGCACCAAUGGUAACUGGAUAUUUUAAUGUAAAUUGUGAAAGAAUGGCUAUCAAUCUUGCAGGAUAUUUAAAACUGUCAGAUGUAUCUCUACUUAAAACUGUAACCAUUGAUGUUCUAAAUGCAUGGGGUGAUCAUGCUUAUGUACUCCAGUUGCCACUUGAAUCUCAGGUAGCAAUGACCAAGGUAUUAUUAGCGUGUAUACUAAAUCUAGACUCCAUUGAUCUGCAGGCAACAGGUAUAGAAAUGAAAAUGAUUCACUGUAUUCCUGCUCGUUUAGAGUCUUCGGAUGAAGUUAUUAGAGUGCUUGGCAUGUUCAUUGCUGAAACUGUUGUUAAAACCCUUGCAAAAGGACGAAAUGAUGAUAGAAAGUAUGAAUUACAGUUUGAUUACUCUGGCUUGGGAAAGUCUGCUGGCGACAUUCUUAAUGAAUUACAGCAUGUUGUGAUGAGUGUAGAAUUUUGGGAAGAAGAAAAUCAAGUUAUUGCGAUGAAAAAUAAGUGUGAAACAGACUCACCAAAUGUGAACACUGAAUGUACAUGCAAAUCAUUUCCUGGUAAAUGUGUGGGUGAUCGUAUGUUAAGUCAGCUUGCAGUAGAAUGUGAAAUGGAAAAUGUGGCAGGAAAAACUGAACUUUUUGCUGAAGAAAUAGUGUCAAAGGAAAAGCAGGGCUUUCCUCAGCAGGACAGGAGUUUUAAAAAAGAAAUAAUUGAUAAUGCAGCUUGUGACAGUGAAGAAAGUGUAUUGGAUAGUGAUGAUGAUCUGAUUCCAUAUGAAAUGCCUGAUGAUUUGAAACAGUCAGUGAAAAAGCGUCCCAAGUACUUGAGAGAUCUGUUAGAUAUUUUGAGAGAAGGUGAUGAUAUUGAGAGUUAUACUGAAGCUCUGAAAGUUGCAGACAGUCUCAUAAAAAAGCAGUUGCCUGGAGAUGACAUUUCAUUGGGAGUAGAUCUUCUUGAAAUUUUAAUCAAUAUGGAGGACAAGUAUUCUACGACUGAUUUUGAUCAGUUGAGAUACACAGCCUCUGUAGCUGCUGUAGUGGCUCACCCAGCUCCUUUGGCGGUGUAUCUCGGUCAUCAGUUUGGCAUACAACAGGGUCGGUAUUCAUUUGAUAGGCUCACUUUUAUUCUCAAAGUGUUGACAGGAUCAGCAACAACUCUUUCAGAGAUAAAAAGAAGGCUAGGUAAUGAUAAUGUGAAUCUCUUAGUGAAACAAGCAUUAGAACACACUGGAAAAACUAGAAUAUUUGCAUCAGGAAGACGUAACCCUAUUGAGCAGAAAAAUGAAUUUUCAGCUGUAGCAGGGUCAUUCUUUUUUCCACUAGUUCAUAAUAUCAAAGCAGCAAAUAUUCUCUCAUCCUCAAAUAGUGAUAGCAUUAUGUUAGAACAUAUAUUGCAUUGUCUGGCAUCAAUUACAUUGUGCACUACAAAUUGUCCAAUUGCUCCUCGUAUAAGUGUGGAGCUUCUAGCACUGGCGUCCAGUCUUCACAAACAUCCUCAGUCACGCGUGCGUCUUGCUGUUGUGAGAUGUGUUGGUGCUUCUGUAGUCUGUGUUGGCAGCAUUGAAGGUAUAGAUGAACUUGAGAGUGCCUUAACUACAGCUUGUAUUUGGUUGAAUGACAUGGGCAAAAAUGAUCCAGACUCUAGAUGUAGAAAGCUUGCAGCAGAUGUUUCCUUACUUAUUGUUGUCAAAAUUUGAAACCAAAAGUGGCCUGACUGCGUGGAGAUCAAUGCACUGUAGUACUGAUACAGUUCUGAUGAAAUAGAACACUGCAGUGAGUUUAGCAGCACAGAAGUUUCUCAGAGCACUGAAAUGUUAGAGAAAAUAUGCCAUUUAUGCAUGCUAUUAAACUUGUGUAUAUACAUUUGUUUUUUCUUUUGUGUGUAUACCUCUUUAUGCAGGCAUUAAGCCAUUUAAAUCAAAACAAUUUUAAUUUUGUACGAGAUGUCUUAUUUGUUAGAAAUGCUGUAAGUACACUAUUAUUGUCAAAUAAAAAUAUAUUUUAUGUAA